CCCCGGAGGCCGCCGCCGGCCGCCAGAUCCAAACAGAAUUAAGAAGAAAGAGCUUCCACAAUCACAGCAGAUGAAGAUCCACUGGUGACUCAAUCAGAAUUUUUGGCCUGCUCUCCAAAGAAAAGGAGCGGAAAGAAUGUCGGAGCGGGCCGUGGAUGACGUCAGGGGGGAGCCGCGCCGAGCGGCGGCGGCAGCGGGCGGAGCAGUGGCGGCGGCCGCCCGGCAGCAGCAGCAGCAGCAGCAGCCUCCGCAGCCUCCGCAGCCCCAGCGGCAGCCGCCGCCGCCGCCUCCGCGGCGCCUCCGGCCGGAGGACGGCGGCCCCGGCGCCGCCUCCACCUCGACCGCCGCCGCAAUGGCGACCGUCGGGGAGCGCAGGCCCUUGCCCAGUCCAGAAGCGAUGCUGGGACAGUCGUGGAAUCUGUGGGUCGAGGCUUCCAAACUUCCUGGGAAGGACGGGACGGAAUUGGACGAAAGUUUCAAGGAGUUUGGGAAAAACCGCGAAGUCAUGGGGCUCUGUCGCGAAGACAUGCCAAUAUUUGGUCUGUGUCCAGCCCACGAUGAUUUCUACUUGGUGGUGUGUAACGACUGUAAUCAGGUUGUCAAACCGCAGGCAUUUCAAUCACAUUACGAAAGAAGACAUAGCUCAUCCAGCAAGCCUUCUUUGGCCGUUCCUCCCAGUUCAGUAUUUUCCUUCUUCCCUUCUCUGUCCAAAAGCAAAGGCGGCAGUGGAAGUGGAAGCAGCCGUUCUUCCAGUGGAGGUGUUCUAAGCGCAUCUUCAUUAAGUUCCAAGUUGCUGAAAUCACCCAAAGAGAAGUUCCAGCUCAGGGGGAACACCAGGCCAAUGCAUCCCAUUCAGCAAAGUAGAGUCCCCCAUGGUAGAAUCAUGACGCCCUCUGUCAAAGUGGAAAAGAUUCAUCCGAAGAUGGAUAGCACACUACUGAAAUCUGCGGUGGGGCCCACCUGUCCUGCUACUGUGAGUUCCUCAGUCAAGCCUGGCCUUAACUGCUCCUCAAUACCAAAGCCAACCUUGCCUUCACCUGGACAGAUUCUGAAUGGCAAAGGGCUUCCUGCACCAUCCACUCUGGAAAAGAAGUCUGAAGAUAAUUCCAAUAACAGGAAAUUUUUAAAUAAGAGAUUAUCAGAAAGAGAGUUUGACCCUGACAUCCACUGUGGGGUCAUCGACCUCGACACCAAGAAGCCCUGCACCCGGUCUUUGACAUGCAAGACACAUUCCUUAACUCAGCGGAGGGCUGUCCAGGGUAGAAGAAAACGAUUUGAUGUGUUACUAGCCGAGCACAAAAACAAAACCAGGGAAAAGGAAUCGAUUCGCCAUCCGGACUCUCAACAACCAACGCAGCCUCUCAGGGACCCGCAGCCCACCCCUCCCAGACCUUCCCAGGAGCCACACCAAAACUCUCACGGAGUGAUUCCUUCUGAAUCAAAGCCUUUCGUAGCUAGUAAACCUAAACCUCACACCCCCAGUCUUCCAAGGCCUCCAGGCUGCCCUGCUCAGCAAGGUGGGAGUGCCCCCAUUGACCCUCCUCCAGUCCAUGAAUCUCCACACCCUCCCCUGCCUGCCACUGAGCCAGCUUCUCGGUUAUCCAGUGAGGAGGGAGAAGGCGAUGACAAAGAAGAGUCUGUUGACAAACUGGACUGUCAUUAUUCAGGUCAUCAUCCUCAGCCAGCAUCUUUUUGCACAUUCGGGAGCCGACAGAUUGGAAGAGGCUAUUACGUCUUUGACUCCAGGUGGAACCGGCUUCGCUGCGCCCUCAACCUCAUGGUGGAGAAGCAUCUGAACGCGCAGCUGUGGAAGAAAAUCCCACCGGUGCCCAGCACCGCACCCCCCAUCUCUACACGUGUUCCUCAUCGGACAAACUCUGUGCCGACGUCACAGUGUGGGGUCAGCUAUCUGGCAGCAGCCACUGUGUCAUCUUCCCCCGUCCUGCUCUCGUCCACCUGCAUCUCCCCGAACAGCAAAUCGGUACCAGCUCAUGGCACCACGCUAAAUGCGCAGCCCGCCGCCUCUGGGGCAAUGGAUCCCGUGUGCAGUAUGCAACCCAGACAAGUGUCCUCUUCCUCCUCGUCCCCCUCCACGCCCUCAAGCCUGUCCUCGGUGCCCUCGUCCCCUAUGUCCAGGAAACCUCAGAAGUUGAAAUCCAGCAAGUCUUUAAGGCCCAAGGAGCCUUCUGGUAACAGCACUAACUGUCACAACGCCAGUAGCAGUACCAGCGGUGGCUCAGGAAAGAAACGCAAAAACAGUUCCCCACUGUUAGUUCACUCUGCCUCCUCCUCCUCCUCCUCUUCUUCUCAUUCCAUGGAGUCUUUUCGGAAAAACUGUGUGGCGCACUCUGGGACUCCCUACCCCUCCACGGUAACGUCUUCCCACGGCGUGGGCCUCAACUGUGUGGUAAAUAAGGCGAACUCGGUGAGUGUCCGGCACGAGCAGUCAGGGAGGGGCCCCCCGGGGGGGAGCCCUGCCGAAUCCAUCAAGAGGAUGAGUGUGAUGGUGAACAGCGGUGACUCCACGCUUUCUCUCGGCCCAUUCAUUCACCAGUCCAGCGAGCUGCCCGUCAACUCCCACGGCGGCUACGCACACUCUCACACUCCUCUCGAGAGACUGAUCGGAAAGAAAAGAAAGUGCUCGCCCGGCUCCAGCAGCGUCAACAACAGCAGCAGCAAACCCACAAAGGUUGCCAAAUUGCCAGCCAUGAACAACGUCUACAUGAAACACGCGGGCACCAGCCCAGGGGCACAAGGACUGACGAACAGUUCCCUCCUUCAUCAGCGUGUCUCCUCUCCUUGCCUGCACAUGGGGCUGUCCACAGCGCCCCCAGAGCCCUGGGGUACAGUGCGAGCCAAAGGCACGUCCCUGACAGCUGAAAAUAGCGCGGGGAGGAAUAAUCUGGACACUUUUGAUGACAAGUUACACCUCCACUCAGCACUAUGGACUCCACGAUGCCUUUGAGUCUGUUUUCCCAACCUCCCGUGGGCCUCGAGGGUAGAAUCUGCCGGGCUGUUGUUGUAACAAGGAUCCCCUGAAGCUCUGUCUGUAGCAGUGAGUACUUGUAAAGGACACUGGAUCAAGUUCGGCCACCGAGUUGCUUCUGUCAGUGUUAAAGUGGCCUGGACUGCUUGCUACCGAUCUGUGAGAAGCUGUUGCUUUGUUUUUUAACUUGCAGUAAAUCAUGGAGCCACUCUUUGAGUAGAUUGGCUGGGCGAAAGAAUGUCUUGGCAAGAGCAUUACUGUAGACUUUUCUCCCUUCUUCCCCCUUCCUGUCCCAGUUCUUUUUUUUACACUGUCUUCUGUACGUCACCCUCCAGCAGUUAGGUGCCCUGUCUGGAGACACGUUCCAGAGGAGAGCAGAGCUGCGCCCUGAGCAACCCUCCAGAGAAGGGAUGUGCUGUUAGGUUUUUAUAGCAAUGUUCUGGGCGUGGAAUAUGGACGUGCGCGCAAGGCACCGUGACAAAAUAGCCUGUGUUUCCCCCAGCCUUUUGCAAGUAAUUUGGAGUAAGAAGCUGUCAAAGGUUUCUAACUUACAAACUGGUUUAAAGCCAUCGACGCCCAGAGAGCAAGUAUACCACAUUUUAGAGGCUUCCUUUUCAUGGUACAAAAGCAAUUCUAUGUAAUUUCUUUCCUUCUUUUCUUUUUUUUUUUUUUUUCUUAAGAAAAUGCAAAUGCAAAUUAGUUUUGAUAAUGGAAAGCCAAAUUUUGGUUGGGGGAUGGGGUGGGUAGAUAAAAUCACUAUGGGGGGCAUGUUUUUCCAAGAUUUCCAAAGAGAUGGAAUUUUUUAUCCUUUAAGUUUUCAUGUUAUACAGAAAGGCAGAUUGGGUUGGUUGCCCUGCCCAGUCUCCUGGUUUUAAAAACUUGCCUUUGUUAAGUGAAAUUAUUAGGAUGCAGCAGAAACUGUUACUCACUGAGUCAUUAAUAUAUUAAAUGUUUCCAGGGCACCGUGUGCAUUACCCUCAGUCUCUGUGGCUACUGUCCUGGGACUCCAUGUACAUUUCUGCUUUGAGCACUCCCCCUUUUGUGUGUGUCUGCAUUCUCUUCCUCUCCGUAGGUUCAUCUGGAUGCAGUGGGGUAGGGAGCAGGCACCCAGGGAGGGGAGCAGGCAUAUGUGUACACAUAUCCAGGCCAAGGUGAUGGGAUGCAUACACUUUCCUGACAAACCCUUCUUUCUGGUGAUUACUACCAGCCAUCUUCCAGAGAGAGUUUGGAGUCCCUCGAGGUUAUUUAUUUAUUUAUUUUUUUUGAGUACCCCAUCCCAAAAGAAAGAGCUUCCUGUGUUAAAACUCAUUGCUUGAGAAGGUCUCAUUGCAUUGGGGAAUGAGCUGGGGCAUUUGAGCUGGUGAUUCCAUGAUCACAGCUCCUGAAACAAGAACCCAGGCACUUUUCCCUAGAGGAACACAUAGAGUUACCGAACACCACAGGGUACAUUUCCCCGGGCUCUGAUCACUGCUCUGGGCAGGGCCUGGACAGAGCCAGUCAGUGCAUCCUUUCUUUGCCCACAAUUCUUGGGUUACAAACAUCAGUUUCAGGGAAUUUCAAGUCAACAACAAGUCGAAUGAAUGAAUAAAUACUUGGUUACCAGCCUAAUAAUGUGAAUUGCUACAGAAUUAUUCUUAUUAUGUAAGACAACAAAAACUUUAUGCAGAUGCUUUAGCUAUAAAUUGAUGUAAAAUAUUGAUUUUUUUUUAAAGGAAGGGGAGAAGAGUAUCUUGUUCACUUAUUAUGCAAUCAGUAAAUAUUUUUUAAAAAAUGUUACUAUAGGAGAGCUUAGUAAGGAGAGCGCAUGGAUGGGCCAGUUUGGUACAGUUAUAGGAGAAAUCAGUCUGGUUGUUCCAUCCCAGUGGAGGGUGAGAACGGAGGUAAGAGGGAAUCAGAACGUACUUGGAUGAUUCCUUGGUGACAAGUGCAAUGGGGAUAUGGGUAGAAAUUAUUUUCAGAGCCAAGGGGACUUGAUGGUUAUAAAUAAAGUUGCUUUUAGCGAUGGAAUUUAUAGACAGAUCAUGUUGUUCCGAAAGAUGUGAAUAGGAUCCAUGAUAGCAAGUUGAUUCAGAAUUCUGUAGAUAUUUAGAUAAGCGAGUGUUGAUCAUUUGAUUUCUUAGACUGAGGUUUUAAUUGGAUUUCAUUAUGUCUCCCGGUAGUACACAGAUCAUCGGGAUUAGGAAAUUAGCCAUUUUGGAUUCUGCCUGCCACAAACAGACCUAUUCUAAACAGUGCUAUUAAAUUUUAGACUGUUCAGAUAUUUUAUUUUCUCCUACAACUACUUUUUAUUAUAAUGAACAAUUAAGACCAUUUAAAACACGGGAGUACAAGUAUUUUUUUGAAUUAAAUUAACUUGCAAAAACCAAAUUUACAGUGGUUGGGUUGUUUCUAGACAGACUUUGGUAUCAAUUUAAAACCAAGAUAAUUUUUAUAUUCUUUCCAAUAGAAUUUCAUGACAACUCCUGCAGUUUUCUUAACCUACAAAAGAAAAAAAGUGCUGCAUUGAUGAACAAAGAAUUCUACAAAACCUACUUUUGUAUCUUUAUUUUGGAAUUUCUUGUUCUAUUAUAAAUAUGGAAGUAUCCCUAUUUCAGAAGACAUAUUUUGUUAAAAAUGAAUUGUACAUAUUUAAAUAUGUAUUUUUGCACAGGUCUUUUUUUCUGAUAUCCUGUUUUGGUACAAUUGAGAUCAUCUAGUAUUUAUUUAUUAAUUAAUAAAAGUAAAUACCUUUUUAUAAUUUGAAGUGGUUCACUGCCAAGCCAAUAGUUCUAGAACCUGCCUCCUUUACAGUUUAAGGGAUGCCUCUGUUCUGUGAAAGUCUUUUUGUCCCUUUUAAUGUCUCGGGAGCGGAUUCGUGCUGAUCAAGUGGGCAUUGCUUCUCUAGUGGCCUGAUUUCCCGAUAGACUACACGUAACGAAGUGACACACUGCUUUUCUUUCGUUUGUGUUUUAUGUGUGAGUACGAGUGCGCGUGUGUGCCUGUGCGUUUGAGUGUGCACACUCUGAGCACAUGUGUGUUCAUGUGUGAUGUGGUUUAAAACUAACGGGAAAAACUGAAAGUGCCUGAACCUAGUUUUAAGCUUCGACAGAUUCUUUCAAAAGACUUGAAUGUUCAGUUCAACUUUUGGAGUUUGCUUUUUCCACCUAAAUAUUGUUUCUGAAAUAUUA